AUGAAAACGUUAACUUUAUAUUCAAAAAUUACUACAUUCCUUCUUUUAAUAUGGAUGUAUCAGUGUUUUUAUAACUGUUAUUCUUAUAGAACAUGGAUUGAUGAAAAUAUAUUGCAAACAAAAAAUGAGUUAAAAUAUGAAAGAGUAUUAACAGAGGGUAACACAGAAGAAAAAAAGCAAACUAACGCUGAAGGGUGCCUAAAAGAACGUCCAUUAGAUAAUGAAAAAAACAAAUGUAAAAAUCCGAUUCAAUACAAGAAUCCGUACGAUCCAUGCCAUGGAGCCAAUACUCCAUCAUUGUCGGAGAGUUUUGAUAGAAAAGCAAAAGAAAUGAACCCUAAAUUGAGAGACCAGAAAUUGAAUAUUGAAUGUAAUAAAAUUUCAGCUAACCAAGUUAGUGACCUACAUUUUAUCUCUCAUGGACCUGAUAUUCCAGAUGAAGAAAAAAGCAAAAUAACUGAUAGUGCUAAGAACCAACAUGACUUUAAAUUGGAUGAACGUUUAUGCGAAUCUAAUAAAAAAAUGAAAGACAAUAAAACAGAAUUCGAUUCUAAUAAAGAGCUGAGAGGCAAUAAAACAGAAUCCGAAUCUAAGAAAGAGAUGACAGAAAAUAAAGCAGAAUCAGAAUCUAAGAAAGAGCAGAGAAAAAAAAAAAAAAAAAAUAUGAAAUUUGAUUUAAUGAAACAUUUAAUUUUUCAUAAGUUUGAUAAAAUUUACGAUGAUAAAAAAUAA